AUGGAACAAAGACUAUUAGCACUCGAGAUGGACUUCUGGCGAAGAUCGGGUGCGGGAGUAUCAAGAAUGGAAAGAAUACAGAAUAAAAAGAUAAGGGAAAGUAUGCAUAUCCAGCACACCAUAAUAGAUGAAAUAGAGAGAAGACAGCUGGUAUGGUAUGGGCAUGUAGAAAUAAUGAGUGAGGACCGAAUACCGAAGAAAGUCUUGAAAUGGAUACCUUCAGAAAGGAGAAAAAGGGGAAGGCCAAAGGCAAUGCGGAUCGGAGGAAUACAUAAAGCUAUAUCGGAGAAACCAAACCUUCAUCCAGGGGAUUGGGAGAAUAGGAAAGGCUGGCAACUGGGUACUGGAAGGCGUAGGACGCUAUGA